AUGAAAGAGAAGAGCAAGAACGCCGCGCGGAGCCGGCGGGAGAAAGAGAACGCAGAGUUUCUGGAGCUGGCCAAACUGCUGCCCCUGCCGGCCGCCAUCACCUCGCAGCUCGACAAGGCCUCCAUCAUCCGCCUCACCACCAGUUACCUCAAGAUGAGACACGUCUUUCCUGACGAACUGAUUCUUGGGGACCCCACUUGUCGCGGGUCUUCAGUCUCCACCAAGCUGAAGCCUUCAGCCACCAAGCUGAAGCCUUCAGCCUCCACCAAGCCUUCAGCCACCAAGCUGAAGCCUUCAGCCUCCACCAAGCCUUCAGCCACGAAGCUGAAGCCUUCAGCCUCCACCAAGCCUUCAGCCACCAAGCUGAAGCCUUCAGCCUCCACCAAGCCUUCAGCCACCAAGCUGAAGCCUUCAGCCUCCACCAAGCCUUCAGCCACCAAGCUGAAGCCUUCAGCCUCCACCAAGCCUUCAGCGACCAAGCUGAAGCCUUCAGCCACCAAGCUGAAGCCUUCAGCCACCAAGCUGAAGCCUUCAGCCUCCACCAAGCCUUCAGCCUCCACCAAGCCUUCAGCCACCAAGCUGAAGCCUUCAGCCACCAAGCUACCUUCACACCAUGCUGAAGGUAUUCCGUUAACCUAG